AUGAAAAAACUAUUAAUUACAUUUUACCUAUUAUUUGCCGCUUUACUCACAAAGUCGGUAGAAGCUGACACAUUUUCUGACCAAGUAAACCCUUCAUCUAGGUUGGUCAAAAGAGACGAAAGUGUUGCUAUCAACGGUUGUCCUAGUUUGGAUUUCAACUGGCACAUGAACCAGCAAAAUAUUCUACAUUAUGAUAUGGAUGUCACCUCUGUUUCUUGGGUUAAAGACAACAUAUAUCAAAUAUCUAUCCACAUUAAAGCAGCAAAGGAGAUUCCUUUGAAGUAUUUAUGGUCCUUGAAGAUUAUUAAUGUCAAAGGUCCUUCUAGUACAGUACAACUUUAUGGAAAAAACGAGAAAACAUAUUUAAUUAGUGACCCAACCGAUUUUACUUCGACUUUCCAGGUUUAUGCCAACCCAUCUUCUGAUGGAUGCACUGUUUGGAUGCCGAACUUCCAGAUUCAGUUCGAAUAUUUACAAGGGGAUGCUGCUCAAUACUGGCAAACUUGGGAGUGGGGUACAACUACUUUCGAUCUUUCGACAGGUUGCAACAAUUAUGACAACCAGGGACACUCACAAACAGAUUUCCCAGGUUUUUACUGGACUUAUCAAUGCAAAGGAAACAAAGAUGGCACCUGUACUAAAUCCUCAUCUUCAUCCACUACAAGCAUCUCCAUUGAUGUUACCACUUCAGUGGAUUCUCAUGUUUCGUCCAGUCUAGCAGGUAUGUAUCGUUCAAGAUCGUCCAUCGAUGUUACCACAUCAGUGGAUCCAACCAGCUCUGUCAUCUCUACCACAUCAGUGGAGUCAACUACUUCAGUCAUCUCCACCACAUCAGUGGACCCAACCAGCUCCGUCGUCUCCACCACAUCAGUGGACCCAACUAGUUCAGUCAUCAUCACUACAUCGGUGGACCCAACUAGUUCUGUCAUCUCCACCACAUCAGUGGACCCAACUAGUUCAGUCAUCAUCACUACAUCGGUGGACCCAACUAGUUCUGUCAUCUCCACCACAUCAGUGGACCCAACUAGUUCAGUCAUCUCUACCACAUCAGUGGAGUCAACCAGUUCAGUCAUCAUCACUACAUCAGUGGACCCAACUAGUUCAGUCAUCUCCACCACGUCAGUGGACCCAACUACCCCAGUAAGUAACACCACAUCAGCAGAGCCUACCACUUCGGUCGGUCCUCAUGUUUCGUCCAGUCUAGCAGGUAUGUAUCGUUCAAGAUCGUCCAUCGAUGUUACCACAUCAGUGGAUCCAACCAGCUCUGUCAUCUCUACCACAUCAGUGGAGUCAACUACUUCAGUCAUCUCCACCACAUCAGUGGACCCAACCAGCUCCGUCGUCUCCACCACAUCAGUGGACCCAACUAGUUCAGUCAUCAUCACUACAUCGGUGGACCCAACUAGUUCUGUCAUCUCCACCACAUCAGUGGACCCAACUAGUUCUGUCAUCUCUACCACAUCAGUGGAGUCAACUACUUCAGUCAUCUCUACCACAUCAGUGGAGUCAGCCAGUUCAGUCAUCAUCACUACAUCGGUGGACCCAACUAGUUCUGUCAUCUCCACCACAUCAGUGGACCCAACUAGUUCAGUCAUCAUCACUACAUCGGUGGACCCAACUAGUUCUGUCAUCUCCACCACAUCAGUGGACCCAACUAGUUCAGUCAUCUCUACCACAUCAGUGGAGUCAACCAGUUCAGUCAUCAUCACUACAUCAGUGGACCCAACUAGUUCAGUCAUCUCCACCACGUCAGUGGACCCAACUACCCCAGUAAGUAACACCACAUCAGCAGAGCCUACCACUUCGGUCGGUCCUCAUGUUUCGUCCAGUCUAGCAGGUAUGUAUCGUUCAAGAUCGUCCAUCGAUGUUACCACAUCAGUGGAACCAACCAGCUCAGUCAUCUCCACCACAUCAGUGGAGUCAACUAGUUCAGUCAUCUCCACCACAUCAGUGGACCCAACUACCCCAGUAAGUAACACCACAUCAGCAGAGCCUACCACUUCGGUCGGUCCUCAUGUUUCGUCCAGUCUAGCAGGUAUGUAUCGUUCAAGAUCGUCCAUCGAUGUUACCACAUCAGUGGAUCCAACCAGCUCUGUCAUCUCUACCACAUCAGUGGAGUCAACUACUUCAGUCAUCUCCACCACAUCAGUGGACCCAACCAGCUCCGUCGUCUCCACCACAUCAGUGGACCCAACUAGUUCAGUCAUCAUCACUACAUCGGUGGACCCAACUAGUUCUGUCAUCUCCACCACAUCAGUGGAACCAACUAGUUCUGUCAUCUCUACCACAUCAGUGGAGUCAACUACUUCAGUCAUCUCCACCACAUCAGUGGACCCAACUAGUUCUGUCAUCUCCACCACAUCAGUGGACCCAACUAGUUCAGUCAUCAUCACUACAUCGGUGGACCCAACUAGUUCUGUCAUCUCCACCACAUCAGUGGACCCAACUAGUUCAGUCAUCUCUACCACAUCAGUGGAGUCAACCAGUUCAGUCAUCAUCACUACAUCAGUGGACCCAACUAGUUCAGUCAUCUCCACCACGUCAGUGGACCCAACUACCCCAGUAAGUAACACCACAUCAGCAGAGCCUACCACUUCGGUCGGUCCUCAUGUUUCGUCCAGUCUAGCAGGUAUGUAUCGUUCAAGAUCGUCCAUCGAUGUUACCACAUCAGUGGAGUCAACUAGUUCAGUCAUCUCCACCACAUCAGUGGACCCAACUAGUUCUGUCAUCUCUACCACAUCAGUGGAGUCAACUACUUCUGUCAUCUCCACCACAUCAGUGGACCCAACUAGUUCAGUCAUCAUCACUACAUCGGUGGACCCAACUAGUUCUGUCAUCUCCACCACAUCAGUGGACCCAACUAGUUCAGUCAUCUCUACCACAUCAGUGGAGUCAACCAGUUCAGUCAUCAUCACUACAUCAGUGGACCCAACUAGUUCAGUCAUCUCCACCACGUCAGUGGACCCAACUAGUUCAGUCAUCUCUACCACAUCAGUGGAGUCAACCAGUUCAGUCAUCAUCACUACAUCAGUGGACCCAACUAGUUCUGUCAUCUCCACCACAUCAGUGGACCCAACUAUUUCAGUCAUCAUCACUACAUCAGUGGACCCAACUAGUUCAGUCAUCUCCACCACGUCAGUGGACCCAACUACCCCAGUAAGUAACACCACAUCAGCAGAGCCUACCACUUCGGUCGGUCCUCAUGUUUCGUCCAGUCUAGCAGGUAUGUAUCGUUCAAGAUCGUCCAUCGAUGUUACCACAUCAGUGGAACCAACCAGCUCAGUCAUCUCCACCACAUCAGUGGAGUCAACUAGUUCAGUCAUCUCCACCACAUCAGUGGACCCAACUACCCCAGUAAGUAACACCACAUCAGCAGAGCCUACCACUUCGGUCGGUCCUCAUGUUUCGUCCAGUCUAGCAGGUAUGUAUCGUUCAAGAUCGUCCAUCGAUGUUACCACAUCAGUGGAACCAACCAGCUCAGUCAUCUCCACCACAUCAGUGGAGUCAACUAGUUCAGUCAUCUCCACCACAUCAGUGGACCCAACUACCCCAGUAAGUAACACCACAUCAGCAGAGCCUACCACUUCGGUCGGUCCUCAUGUUUCGUCCAGUCUAGCAGGUAUGUAUCGUUCAAGAUCGUCCAUCGAUGUUACCACAUCAGUGGAUCCAACCAGCUCUGUCAUCUCUACCACAUCAGUGGAGUCAACUACUUCAGUCAUCUCCACCACAUCAGUGGACCCAACCAGCUCCGUCGUCUCCACCACAUCAGUGGACCCAACUAGUUCAGUCAUCAUCACUACAUCGGUGGACCCAACUAGUUCUGUCAUCUCCACCACAUCAGUGGAACCAACUAGUUCUGUCAUCUCUACCACAUCAGUGGAGUCAACUACUUCAGUCAUCUCCACCACAUCAGUGGACCCAACUACUUCAGUCAUCAUCACUACAUCGGUGGACCCAACUAGUUCUGUCAUCUCCACCACAUCAGUGGACCCAACUAGUUCAGUCAUCAUCACUACAUCGGUGGACCCAACUAGUUCUGUCAUCUCCACCACAUCAGUGGACCCAACUAGUUCAGUCAUCUCUACCACAUCAGUGGAGUCAACCAGUUCAGUCAUCAUCACUACAUCAGUGGACCCAACUAGUUCAGUCAUCUCCACCACGUCAGUGGACCCAACUACCCCAGUAAGUAACACCACAUCAGCAGAGCCUACCACUUCGGUCGGUCCUCAUGUUUCGUCCAGUCUAGCAGGUAUGUAUCGUUCAAGAUCGUCCAUCGAUGUUACCACAUCAGUGGAACCAACCAGCUCAGUCAUCUCCACCACAUCAGUGGAGUCAACUAGUUCAGUCAUCUCCACCACAUCAGUGGACCCAACUACCCCAGUAAGUAACACCACAUCAGCAGAGCCUACCACUUCGGUCGGUCCUCAUGUUUCGUCCAGUCUAGCAGGUAUGUAUCGUUCAAGAUCGUCCAUCGAUGUUACCACAUCAGUGGAUCCAACCAGCUCUGUCAUCUCUACCACAUCAGUGGAGUCAACUACUUCAGUCAUCUCCACCACAUCAGUGGACCCAACCAGCUCCGUCGUCUCCACCACAUCAGUGGACCCAACUAGUUCAGUCAUCAUCACUACAUCGGUGGACCCAACUAGUUCUGUCAUCUCCACCACAUCAGUGGAACCAACUAGUUCUGUCAUCUCUACCACAUCAGUGGAGUCAACUACUUCAGUCAUCUCCACCACAUCAGUGGACCCAACUAGUUCUGUCAUCUCCACCACAUCAGUGGACCCAACUAGUUCAGUCAUCAUCACUACAUCGGUGGACCCAACUAGUUCUGUCAUCUCCACCACAUCAGUGGACCCAACUAGUUCAGUCAUCUCUACCACAUCAGUGGAGUCAACCAGUUCAGUCAUCAUCACUACAUCAGUGGACCCAACUAGUUCAGUCAUCUCCACCACGUCAGUGGACCCAACUACCCCAGUAAGUAACACCACAUCAGCAGAGCCUACCACUUCGGUCGGUCCUCAUGUUUCGUCCAGUCUAGCAGGUAUGUAUCGUUCAAGAUCGUCCAUCGAUGUUACCACAUCAGUGGAGUCAACUAGUUCAGUCAUCUCCACCACAUCAGUGGACCCAACUAGUUCUGUCAUCUCUACCACAUCAGUGGAGUCAACUACUUCUGUCAUCUCCACCACAUCAGUGGACCCAACUAGUUCAGUCAUCAUCACUACAUCGGUGGACCCAACUAGUUCUGUCAUCUCCACCACAUCAGUGGACCCAACUAGUUCAGUCAUCUCUACCACAUCAGUGGAGUCAACCAGUUCAGUCAUCAUCACUACAUCAGUGGACCCAACUAGUUCAGUCAUCUCCACCACGUCAGUGGACCCAACUAGUUCAGUCAUCUCUACCACAUCAGUGGAGUCAACCAGUUCAGUCAUCAUCACUACAUCAGUGGACCCAACUAGUUCUGUCAUCUCCACCACAUCAGUGGACCCAACUAUUUCAGUCAUCAUCACUACAUCAGUGGACCCAACUAGUUCAGUCAUCUCCACCACGUCAGUGGACCCAACUACCCCAGUAAGUAACACCACAUCAGCAGAGCCUACCACUUCGGUCGGUCCUCAUGUUUCGUCCAGUCUAGCAGGUAUGUAUCGUUCAAGAUCGUCCAUCGAUGUUACCACAUCAGUGGAACCAACCAGCUCAGUCAUCUCCACCACAUCAGUGGAGUCAACUAGUUCAGUCAUCUCCACCACAUCAGUGGACCCAACUACCCCAGUAAGUAACACCACAUCAGCAGAGCCUACCACUUCGGUCGGUCCUCAUGUUUCGUCCAGUCUAGCAGGUAUGUAUCGUUCAAGAUCGUCCAUCGAUGUUACCACAUCAGUGGAACCAACCAGCUCAGUCAUCUCCACCACAUCAGUGGAGUCAACUAGUUCAGUCAUCUCCACCACAUCAGUGGACCCAACUACCCCAGUAAGUAACACCACAUCAGCAGAGCCUACCACUUCGGUCGGUCCUCAUGUUUCGUCCAGUCUAGCAGGUAUGUAUCGUUCAAGAUCGUCCAUCGAUGUUACCACAUCAGUGGAUCCAACCAGCUCUGUCAUCUCUACCACAUCAGUGGAGUCAACUACUUCAGUCAUCUCCACCACAUCAGUGGACCCAACCAGCUCCGUCGUCUCCACCACAUCAGUGGACCCAACUAGUUCAGUCAUCAUCACUACAUCGGUGGACCCAACUAGUUCUGUCAUCUCCACCACAUCAGUGGAACCAACUAGUUCUGUCAUCUCUACCACAUCAGUGGAGUCAACUACUUCAGUCAUCUCCACCACAUCAGUGGACCCAACUACUUCAGUCAUCAUCACUACAUCGGUGGACCCAACUACUUUAGUUCUUCUGAGUAGCUCAGUUGACUCAGCUACUUCAGUUGGGCCAAUUAGCUCAGUCAGCAGCACCGCCUCAGUUAUUUCUCAUUUAUCAUCCAAAAAAAAUUCUUCGGGUCGUCUAACUACCUUGGUUGUACCAACUGAUUUAGCCUCUUUAAGUUCUUCAGUUGGUUCAGCUAGUUCCUCUGACACUGUCACACUAUUUUUUUCAACUAGUUCAACAUCAGUUUCAUCUGAUUCAACCGCUUCAGUUGAUUCAGCCCAUUCACUAGCUCCAACUGUAUCCUCCGGUUUUAUCAGUAUGGUUCGUUCAGCUACAUCUGAUGAUUUGAGUAUUUCAACUUCAAUUACUACAAUUUCUUCAACUGACUCGAGCAUUUUCUUAACCUCGAAUAUCCCGACAUACUUAAAAACCUCAAUUAGUUCAGCAGCCACAAUUGUUUCUGAUAAUUCAAAUACAUCAAUCGUUCAAAAAACUAUAAUUCCUUUAACAGCUUCAACUUUAACAUUAAUCCAUACUGAUGCAGCAGCCCCUUCAGCUUAUACAAUCAUAUCAUCUGAGAAAGCUACACUAACAAGUCCAUUCACAUCCACGUCUCCAACUACCCCAAUUAACUCAGUUAUCUCAAUUGAUCCAAACUCUUCAGUUGACGCCGCACCAACCACUAAGACUAAAGAAACUUCUCGCGAAUCUGCUUCUGAUGUGAAAGUAUUUCACUCUACGAAAUCUUUAUUUUCUAGUAAGACUCCGGCAAGUCAUACUGCUACAGCUGGCGCAACAGUUUCAGUUGGUUCAUCUCUCUCAGCUCAUCCAGUCGCUUCAGAGAAAAUCUAUACAUCUGCCGAUUUAAGCACUAAUAAUAUCGCCAGUGGAGUAAUGAGCUCUGUUCAUCAUACAACAUUAAUGACUUCAAAUAUUAACAUACAUUCAGGCGUUACGAAGUCGAAACAAUCAACAUUUUCAAAUUCUCUUGCAUCAACUCCUUCUACGAGCAUCACACAAGCAACUACUUCUAUUAUGAAUCAAAACAUCCAAGAUAAUAUCUCUGCUACGGCUUCUCUAGAAAGUACUCCGAGUGCUUUAACCAAAGCAGAUACGAGUCAAUACAAUUCCCUUCAUUCUACGAAGUCCUUAACGACCAUGACCAUGACCACUAACGCAUUCAUCACAUCUAAGAAUUCCCUUGCAGCCGUAUCAACCAGCUCAACUAGAUCAUUCGCCAGUAUAUCAUCAAUGAUGGAAGGCAGCGCAAAUAUCGAAGCAGUAGGUAAACUCAUGUGGCUAGCUGCCGCUGUUCCGCUAGCCUUCGUCUGA